CUUUCUACUGUGUCUGUGAACAAACCAAGUUGCCGCUUGACAAAAUUGAAAUUUUUUGGCAUAAAAUAUUACCACCGGCUGCACUAAAUAGUCGCAAAGUGUAAAUGAAAGUGCCAGGAAUGAUUUUCAAUUGAAAUUGUGGCAGGUGUGUGCGCCAUUGUCAGUGCAAAUCAUAAACAAAAAACAAAUAGUUGAGCCAAACGAAAAGCGCACUGUGAAAAAAUGCGAAUGUCGUCGUCGUCGUCGCUGUCGUCGCCGCUUUGAGUGUACGUGCGCCGCGUUUUGCACGGCAGCUGCGCUGCUACCACAAAUUAAAGGUGUGAAUUUAAUUUCAAUAAUUCGUGUGUAUUAACAUACAUCAAUUAAUGCAGCAAAGGUAUUGCCUGUCCGGACGACGUUGACAGGAAUGUGCUAAAUUACAUAAAUUUAAGUAAGUAAAUAACUGUGCCCUGUGUUCAAAUUCUGCGAGCGAGUGGGAGCAGCGAAAGAGCAAGAGAUUACGCGCAGUAGCACACACUUACACGCUCAAACAAAAGUACGGGAGAGCGGAAAACAAUCAUUUGUGUGCAUGUAUUGCCAAAAAGGAAAUAAGGAAACAACGCUAAGACUAAAAGAAAAAUCACGCUAAAACAAACGCGCGCGCACACACACACACACACACACAUACACGCUCCUGCAUACACCACACACACACACACUCACCCACACAGAGAGCAAGCUGAGCGUGAGAGCGAGCGAGAAUAUGUGAACAGUUUUCAUAAACAGCAAAUUCUCCAAUAGUCUCUUUCUCUCUCUCACACGAAAACGAAUUGAUGUGCCAUUCAGAGCAGCAAGCAACAUAGAAGCUAAGCGAGUAUUACAACAAUCACAAAAACAACAACAACAACAACAACACCAACAACCAAAAUAAGGCGCAUAUAGUUAAUGCAACAAUCCCUCCAUUAAACAACAAGAAAAACAACAACAAAAGCAGCAAAACAAAACGAAACAGCACACAAAAAACGCAGUGUAACGAAUUUAAAACAACAACACGAAAUUAAUAGGCAACAAGUUGCAAGCAGCAACAACAAGCUUUGGAAAGAACCUUCUCCGUAGCCAGGCGUAACGCGUGUUAGAUGCCAAGAUAAGUCGCUAUCGUUUCAAUACCGCCAUCAACAUAACCCAACAACUACAGCAGCAACAGCAGCAACAACAACAACAACAACAACAGGAGCAGCAACAGCAUAAGGAAGCAGCCAGAAUACCGUUAAAUAGCAACCGUGCGGUACGUGCCACAAACAAUUGCAAGACGCCAAACUCAACGGCAAAAGUCGCCAACAUAACACAUAAAAUAUUUGGCUGGCUACGCAAGACGCGCAACAAGAAACCAGUCGCGAUCCUCAGCAGCGAUUUCGACGAAGACGGCGACGAGGGCGUGGGUGUGGGCGUGUGCGUGGUGGGCGCAUCUGGUGCAGCCGGCGGGGCGUUGGACGAUCAAAUUUCUACAUUGGCAAGCGUUGGAAUCAAAGCCGGCAAGCUGAAUACCACACAGUCAGCCACGGAGACCGCCAUCGAUACAAACGAACCCAAAUCUGAAAAGAUGUCAUCGGGCACGUUUGUGGAUCGAAUCGACCCGUUCGCCAAACGUUCGCUAAAAAAGAAGAGUAAAAAAAGUCAAGGUUCCUCGCGCUACAGAAACUCUCAGGAUGUUGAGCUGCAGCAAUUGCCGCCACUAAAAGCCGAUUGCUCGAGCCUGGAACAGGAGGAGCUGUUUAUACGGAAACUACGUCAGUGCUGCGUAUCAUUUGACUUUAUGGAUCCUGUAACGGACUUAAAGGGCAAGGAAAUCAAACGAGCUGCUCUCAAUGAUCUAUCCACCUAUAUAACACAUGGGCGCGGCGUGCUUACGGAACCGGUAUAUCCCGAAAUAAUUCGCAUGAUUUCGUGCAAUUUAUUUCGCACAUUGCCGCCCAGUGAAAAUCCCGAUUUUGAUCCGGAAGAGGACGAUCCAACACUGGAGGCAUCGUGGCCCCAUUUGCAACUGGUCUAUGAGGUGUUCUUGCGUUUUCUGGAAUCCCAAGAUUUUCAGGCGACCAUUGGCAAACGUGUGAUCGAUCAGAAGUUUGUGCUGCAGCUAUUGGAACUGUUCGAUUCGGAGGAUCCGCGCGAGCGUGACUUUCUAAAGACGGUCUUGCAUCGCAUCUAUGGGAAAUUCCUAGGCUUACGUGCUUUCAUACGAAAACAGAUUAAUAACAUAUUCUUGAAGUUCAUCUAUGAGACGGAGCAUUUUAAUGGCGUUGGCGAGCUGCUCGAGAUACUUGGCAGCAUCAUUAACGGCUUUGCCUUGCCAUUGAAAGCGGAACAUAAACAAUUUUUGGUUAAGGUUCUGUUGCCGCUGCACAAAGUCAAAUGUCUGUCGCUCUAUCAUGCUCAGCUGGCGUAUUGCAUUGUACAAUUCCUAGAGAAGGAUCCAUUCCUUACCGAACCGGUGGUGCGUGGUCUGCUCAAAUUCUGGCCCAAAACGUGCUCCCAAAAGGAGGUCAUGUUUCUGGGCGAAAUUGAGGAGAUAUUGGAUGUGAUUGAUCCGCCGCAAUUCGUCAAAAUACAGGAGCCACUGUUCCGCCAGAUAGCCAAAUGCGUAUCGAGUCCACAUUUUCAGGUUGCUGAACGUGCUCUAUAUUUGUGGAACAAUGAAUAUGCCAUGUCGCUCAUUGAGGAGAACAAUGCUGUUAUAAUGCCCAUCAUGUUCCCGGCGCUCUAUCGCAUCAGCAAGGAGCAUUGGAAUCAAACUAUUGUGGCGCUUGUGUACAAUGUAUUGAAAACGUUUAUGGAAAUGAAUUCAAAGCUCUUCGAUGAGCUAACAUCCAGCUAUAAGGCGGAAAGGCAAAAGGAAAAGAAGCGUGAACGCGAUCGCGAGGAGCUGUGGAAGAAGUUGCACGAACUCGAAUCAAAUCGUUCCAGCGGGCGCGCCGCAGGCGGCAGCGCUGCAACAGCAGCAAACAGCGCAACGGCAGCUGCGGCGGCGGCGUCGUCGUCGUCGUCGUCUUCGUCACUCCAGCCGCCAAACAUAGCCGGCGGCGGUUCAAUGAACUCUCAUCAGCAACAGUCGAAUAACAGCAGCAGCGGCAGCCUAUCCAGUGGCGGCGUUGUUGGUGGUGACAAUAAUCCUGCGACAGCAAAUUCAAAACUAAAACCCGAAAAAGCAGACAACUAAACAGAUGCAACGCAAAGCGCGCUGGAAACUAACAAUAAACAACAGAAACAACAGCAACAGCAACCACAACAGUUAAAUGCAAGAAGAACACGAACAACAACACAUAAAAUGUCAGCCGGCUCACGUACACACCCAAACCCACACACACACAAAUGAACACAAACACACACACACACACACACACACACACACACACAUUCAUCUAUAUAUAAAAUUAAAAUCAAAGAAAUAAAUAAGAAUGAAAUUUGUUGAGCUGGCGAUAAAUAGUUAUAAACAAAAUGCAGCUUAUGCUAAAACUUAAUAAAUAUGAAAACUAAAUUGUAUACUCGUUUAACAAGACACCAAAAGCAAGUGGCUGCUGGAGUGGCAGGA